AUGAUUGGCAGGGGUCAUGGUGGCGAGGCCAAUGGGAGCUAUUCUUGGCCCGAUGGCGAUGAUGUGCAAGAGCGGGCACGAGAUGCCCCACCGCAGCAGGAAGCUCCGGACGAGCAAGGCCGUCGCCGGGCUUCUUUUCAGUCUACGACGGUGACAGACGACUUGUCAGCAGAGGCGGCUGAGGACACCAAAGAGUCUAGUGAUGCGGGCAGCCAGUCUAAGGUCAAUCCGAAGACUGGCAAGGACCACGUCCCAGAGUACGAUGGAAAGGCCCCUAUGCGUGAUUAUGAACGGCGUGUUCGUUUGUUUGAAAGUGCCACGGGGAUCGACCCUUGCUACAGGGCCCAGAAGCUCAUGGAGCGUUUGUCCGGGGCGGCAUGGACGGAGACCGAGGGCUUGGAGCUUCAGGAUUUGAAACAUGAACAGGGAGUUCAGAGACUCCUCAAGCACCUUUAUCAGGAGCUGGAGCCCCUCGAGCAUCUUCGCGUGUUCAGCACCUUGACGGAGUUCUAUCGGGAUUUCAAGAGGACCGCGGGGCAAGAGUUUGUCGCCUACGACAUGGAGUUUCGUACCCACCUGAAGCGCCUGGAGGACAUUGGCGCCAAGCUGGAGGGCCUCACGAAGGCGUACUGGUUCUUGGAGAAGGCCAGUCUUUCUAGUGAUCUUCGCAAACAAGUUAUAUCAGCAUCGGGGGGCGAGUAUGACUAUGCCAAGCUUCGGAAGGCCCUGAUGGCUAUAGUGCCGAAAGUCAGACGUGAUGAAGAGCCGGCGAGUACGACCAGGACACCCUUUCGACAGUGGAAGGGCAAAGGCGGUAAUCCUCGUCAAGUGAAUGCAACCACCGAGGACGAUCAAGAUCGAGAAGAUGGCGAGGACGAGGAAGUCGAGCAGGCCCAUCCGGAGGAGUUGGAGGGUGAGUUGGAAGUGCUUUUGACGCAGGCCGCUCGCAAACGAGCGGAAAUAGAGAAAGCUCGAGGAUUCUCUCGAGGAGAAUCUGGACAGGCCAGGGAAUCUAGAAUAAAGGAGAUGAAGUCACGGAUGGCUUGUAGCGCGUGUCGUGCACACGGCAAGACCGUUUUUGGCCACUGGCACAGCGACGCGGAGUGCCCCUAUAACACCAAGAAGAACAGUCAGGACGGCAGUCGCGUGCUUGCGGUGGUCAACGAAGAGUUAAGCGACAGUGAGGAUGAUGAUUUGGUGCUCCCAUCGAAUGUCUACCUGGCCACCUCAGCAGCUCAUGAGGGAAGUGAUGAAGACCAGGCCCCAUGUGCAGAGGUGUGUGCAAACGUACAUGUAGCAUCCAGCGGGGAACCUCGGCGAGAGACUCUCGCUCUUAGUGAUACGUGUUGCGCGAGGACGGUGGCAGGGCUUCGAUGGAUCGAGAGACAUGUGGCUCUCCUUCGACAGCGGGGAGAAUCGGUUUUCACUGUCGACGAGGCUCGACCAUUUCGGUUCGGCGGAGGCCCGGGGAUUUCCUCGACACAUGCGGUGAUCAUGCCGAUUCAACUUGAGGGCUCGAAGAGGGCGGCUACCAUUCGGGUGAGCGUUGUUGACCAGGAGAUUCCUCUCUUGUUGAGCAAAGCCGUCUUGAAGCAGAUGGGGAUGGUCAUGGACUUGGAGAGAGGGACAGUUGAGUUUAACAAUUUGCACACAAAAGUUCCACUCAGGGAGACCAAAGCGGGUUUAUGUGGGUUCCAGAUCAACAACGAGCCUACCGGAAGAAGGCUGGAUCAUCCUCCACAUGAGCUCGUAAAUGAUGAGAGAGAGAUUUUCAUCGAUUCCCAACACAUCGAUGAGCAGGUUUGCGUGGUCCAAGGGUCGGCUUGCUCCGACCAGACCAAUCCGGUCCAAGGGUCGGCGUGCUCCGACCAGACCACUCAGAAGGUGCGAGCUACCAGAGAGAGUGUCAGGUGGUGUGAAGAAUUAGCCCGCAAACUGUAUCGCGACAACAACUUCAGCUCUGAAGCCCUUCUACAGUUGGCGAGGUCGUUGCCCAUCCGGCAUUCGAAGCGCCAUCGGGACAUCAACGAUGGGCCAGGACGGGGAAAUGAAGCAUGGGUGGCAGGGCUAUAUUCCCAUGGAGGCUGGACAGGUGUGACUAAGCGGACUACUCGGUACCCCAAUGUCGUGCGUUACUUGAACAUGUUCAUGAGAAGUCACACUGAUGCUUCAUGGACAUCACUGGCCCUCCUGAAAAACGUCUCCACCGAUAUCCAUGUUGACUCCCACAAUCGCAAGGACACAUCUACCACGACGUGCACGUUCGGCAACUUCACAGGAGGCCAAUUGUGGGUGGCAAGUGCAGGGGUUGAGUCAGAUGCAUGUGUGUGGAAACAGAGCAAGGAUGGAGAGUGGAUGAAGGGGAGACUCAUUGAGACGUAUCAACGUCCCACCCAGCUCAGUCCUCAUAUUCCGCAUGCCACACAUGAGUGGGAAGGAGAAAGGUGGUGUUUGUCAGUUUACACCACAAGAACGGCGGCCCAGGUCGAUUCAGACACUAUGAGAGCUUUGGAGAAGCUCAAAUUUCCAAUUCGAAGAGCGGCGGCUUCCAGGACCUUUGGGGAGAAGCGGCAUGUUACAUUCAUGUCGUCAAAUCACCAAGAGCCGCAGCAAAGUUGUGAUGACAUGGAUGUGGAUGAUGCAGAUGAAGCAAUCCUCUUCCUGGGACUGAGCAUGGCGACGAUCUUGGCACCCAAGAAGAAGGAAGAGUAUGUCAUGGCGGUUGCGAAGUUGGACUUGCAAGGACUUCGGGAGCUCUACUCGAGCCGCGUGGUCGACGACCUUGGAAGGGACCAGGAUCAUCACUGGGCUCGAUGGUCCCGCAGCCAAGUGAUCAUGCAGAUCGAGAUGUGGGCAGCGGACGCUGCAGAGGCUACCCAGAUGGACCGCGACUUGGAGAUGACAGCACUGGGACCACUCUGUACCCUCUGCCAUAUCCCGAUGAUCGAGAGAACCAAUCGGUUGACGAAAGAACCGUUCUGGGGUUGCAGACGGUUCCCCGUUUGCAAGACGACCCUCCCGUACCUGUACGAUGGAAGGGCCACGAAACAGGUGCAGGAGGAGCUCCAGGCCAAAGCCAAGCAGGACAUGAUCAACCAGGAGAGGGGCAAGCCUCUCAUGCAUCGGGAGCGGCCAAAGCCCAGGCGGGCCAAGGAGGACCAAGGCGGCGCACAGGCCUCUUCGGAUGGCUCAUGGGUGAAGACCGGACCGAUCAAGAUCGACCACGACACGGAGUCGUCCCAGGACGAGAGCGGCGAGCCCAAGAUCAACACCAACUUGACGCCGGAGGAGGCCGAGCUGAUCCAGCAGAUGCGAGUUCAGAAGAAGGCUCAGACUGCAUGCAAUCCAGCCAAGCAGCCUUUGAGCAAAGAUGAGAUUAGGCUGCUUGGGAAUGCUCGGGCGAUGAUCGCUGGAGUGUUCAUUGCAUCAACCGCGUUGGCAGGCAAGAAUGUCGAGACUGGGGAUAGCCUAGGGAAUCAGCUGACACGCUUCGACGGGACAUCGCAAGGGCCAUAUGUCGAGGCUACGCUACUUAUUUGCGAGACGUGGAUCCAGGGUGAUGCGAUGGAUGAAGAUGAUGGUGAUGAAGAGCUCAUUCCCGACCUGGAGGAGCCCCAUGGUGAUCAGAGAGAUCAUCAUAUGGAAGAUCAGGUGCCAGUGGGAAGGCGCCUCAGUGAGGCAAUUCGCCAAGGCCUGAUAAAGGUUCAGCUGGAUUGUGUGUGCAUUCGAGAUGCGAACAAGGAGAAUCACUGGGGAUGGUGUAAAUGGGCUGGGCCACCCAUGCGGGUGACCACCGACCUGGAAGGAGGAUUCGUAGGAACUGCUCAUUUCCAGGCCGGGAAGAUUGAACGUCAUAACCAAACGAUCAAAGAUAUGAUGUUCGCGACUAUCCGACAGACUAGUCCGAUCGGUAGGGAAGACAUGCGUAAGCUUUCGAGAGAAGUUGCUUGGGCAAAGAACUGUCUUGUCCGCGAACAUGGAUGGGCACCUGUUGCUCUAGUCUUCGGGAGGGAGCCUCGGGUGUUUGGUGAGCUUUAUCAUGAAGGGAAUCCGAGUGCCUACCAUCCUUCCGUAGGCGAGCAGGGAAGCGACGUUGCUGUUCGUGUGCGAUACAGAUAUCAUGCGAAGAUGGAGUUCGUUCGCAGCCAGGCCCGGCAGAUGUUGUUGAAGACGGCUCACAAUCGCACGCGAAAGCUUCCGAUUCCCAAGAUUGGUCAGUUGGUCUUCUUUUGGAGAGCUGGAAACCAGAAGAAGGGUGAGAGCCAGAGUAAGUGGUUAGGGCCUGCUUAUGUGGUUGGACUGCAGGAUCGCAAUGCUUGGGCUACGUAUGAGGACCUGAUAGGACAGGAGGACCCCCAGGGUGAACCAAUGGAUGUCGAAACACAGCCUCUGAAUCGUGACCUCACGGAUGAGCUCAUGAUGGACGAAGACACCUGGGUUGGCAUGUUGACAGUGUUGGCAGCCCGGUUCUGGUGUCUCAUCGUGCAUGGGCCUUUAGGACUCAUCACGAUCUUUCAAAGCAGGACUCGAAAAGAUCACUGCUUGGAUGAUGUUCCGGCCUCUUUGAAAAGGCGCAAGCGCAUGCCGGAGAGUGCCCCAGUGCAUGUUGUUCAUCAGCCGACUCAAAGCAAAACUAAGCUUAAACGUAUGCUUGAGAAAGAGAUUCCCUACAACAACAUUCGUCCUCAAGAUAAGCAUCUUUACGAAGAGGCCGAGCAGAAAGAGUGGAAAUCAUGGCUUGACUACGACAGUUGUGAAAUCUUGAGUCCUGAAGAUAGCAAAACGAUCGAAGAAACGCUUCCUGAUCGCAUACUGCCUAGUCGUUAUGUUUUCCUCAACAAGAAUGCUGGGCUUCUCGACGACAGCGGGAAUCCACUCCCAGUCAAGGCGAAGGCCAGGUUAUGUUUGCAAGGUCAUCUUUGCCCAGACAGCAGGACGGGUCAGGUGCAGGUGGAUUCCCCUACGGUGGAAAGGGUGUCCACUAUGGUUUUCCUUCAUCUGGUUACGAGUUUGGGCUGGACAAAGGACUGGUACAUCGGAGAUAUUUCCAAUGCUUUCUUGCAGGGUGCUCCUUUGUCAGGCAAGCCGGACAUGUACAUGCCUGAUGCUCCAAGGGCUUGGUACAACGAGUUGGCUAGGAUCCUUGAGCAGGAACUGGGCUUCAGUAAGUGUCGGACAGAUCCAGCGAUGUUUGUUCUGCGAGACGAGGAUAGCCGUCUCAGGGGACUUAUGAUCGUUCACGUCGAUGAUGUCAUGUAUUGUCAUGACGGUGGCGAGUUGGGUAAGCGAGUCGAGGAGAGCUUGACCAAGCGCUUCCCUUUCGGUACUUGGUUGCAGGUCCGCGAGCAACAAGGCGGGGUUACCUACUGUGGGAAGGAGGUUAAGGUCAUGACCAAAGACGGCGAGACAUGUGUCACGCUUGCCCAGAAUGCUUUCAUCGACGGUCGUUUGCAGCCUAUGAGGAUUGAGUCCUCAAGGGCAAAGCAGUUGGAUGCCAGGGCUAAUCAAGAGGAGCUCACAGACUAUCGGUCGAUCGUUGGAAGUCUCCAGUGGCUCGCUGUUCAAUCUAGGCCCGAUGUUGCUUUUGAGUGCAAUCAACUGCAGAAACGGGUUUCUGAUCUCCGCGUCGCUGACUUGUUGAGAGCUAACAGAGCGGUUCGAGAGGUUGUUAGGAAUCGGAUGGAGAUCCUUUUCAGACCACUUGGGCCGGACGCUCAGCUCGUCACGUAUCACGAUGCGGGGCUCUACAGUAGUGUAGGGGCCGAGAUUGAUGAGAAGCAGUGUGAUGACAUUCUUCAAAGCACUCUUGAUAAGAAACUUGUCUACUCUCAGAAAGGUGCCGUUGUCGGUUUCGUCAAGAGGGGAGAGCUAGAGCAAGAGGGUCGAGUUCACAUCAAUGUCAUCGACUGGAGGAGUGCCACGAAUCGUCGAAUUGUUGAGUCAUCCUUCGCCGCGGAAACCCAUGCGGCAAUCAUGGGACACAACAUGUCGAGGUUCGCUCAAGUGUUGGUGUCUGAAGUGCACUACGGAUCGAAAAUCAUGGCCUCCGUGGAAGACGAUGGAUGGCAGCAACUAGUUCCGCUCACAAUGGUCACGGACUGUAAGAGUAUCUACGAUACUAUCCAUAAAGAUGGCCAGCACAUAGGAGAGAAGGGGAACAUUGUCCAUGCUGUGCUGUUGCGACAGCUUUUAACCACCCGGGACCAGAAGGAGUACCCCGGGAAGGAUCAGAGGUUUGCUUGUCCGAGCUUUUGCAUUAGAAGCUUCCGGUUUCUCCUUGCCGGUCGGACUGGCAAAGCGAAACUGGUGGCAUCGAGCGUGAGCCGGCGGGGAGAGAGCCGAAAAGAGCUCAGGGCUCUCAGUACCUCCUCCAUGGAUCUCUUUGAGAUCGCGGAGAAUCCGAGCGAGAAGAAGCCGGAGGCUCAGGCGGUGCCGGCACCGAUCGCCCCCAACACUGAGUCCAAUGCCAAAGCGAAGCGAAGUUUUACGAGUCGUUACGAGCUUGCGAAGGAGCAGGGCAACCGCGUGGAGGAGAUGAAGCAGAUGCACGCGGACAGCGAAGGUGAUGGCAUGGGCAAUGACUGCCUGCAGGAUCGCCUCCGACCCCUUCGAAGGUCUGCACAGCAGCUGGCCGCAUCAUUGCCUUUCAACGUCUUCUUUGCCCUUGUCAUCGUCUCGAACUCACUCGUCCUGGGGUUUCAGCUGGAGUGGAAUGCCAGCCGAGUACUGGACUCGCAAGACCAAACUGUGUGGAUCAUCGUUCAUGUGGCCUAUGCCAUACUCUUUACGAUCGAGAUGGUGAUUCGCAUCACAGCUGCGGGACCUGUCGUGUACCUUUGUGGUCCUGGCUGGGCGUGGAAUUGGCUGGAUGUCUUUGUGGUCCUUCCCGCUUGGGUGGAGCUAGCUCUGGACCUAAGUGCCCCAAGUGAGGGGGGAGACGGAGGAGCUUCAAGCAAUCUCCGAAUCGUGCGAGUCUUCAAGGUGACAAGGCUACUGCAGGUGGUCCGUUCCGUCCGCUUGCUCAAGUUCCUCUCAGCCUUGCGUGCCCUUGUCAUGUCGGUUGUUGACACGACCCGGCAGCUCGCGUGGGCGUUGCUGCUUCUAGGGUUGGUGAUCUACAGCUUCGGCAUUCUCUUCGCAGAUGCUGCGUUGGACUAUGGCAUCCGAUACGACCUUAGUGAGGAUGCGACGCUUUUGGAGUACUUCGGUGGGGUGUACCUGUCUUGCCAGACGCUCUUCCGUGCGAUUUUGGGUGGUUUGGACUGGGAGAUUGCCGCGAACUCACUGGCUCAAGUUGGCUGGUUCUGGGUCCAACUUUUUCACAGCUACAUCGCUUUUAGUGGCUUCGCUGUCUUGAAUGUCAUGACCGGAGUCUUUGUAAACUCGGCCAUCAAGACUCGUGAAAGGGAUCACGAGACCUUGCUUCAGAACAAGCAGCGCUUCAAGGAGCUGGUAUCGAAGAUAUGGUCGAGGAUGGAUUCUUCGGGGCAAGGACAGAUCACAAUCAUCGAGUUCGAGCAGAUGUUCGAGGAUGAAGAGAUGAAGGCUUUCUUCCAAACCAUCGAAAUCAAUGCCGUGGAUGCUUGGACCCUCUUCGAUAGCCUGGACGUGGAUGGAGAUCAUACCAUCAGCUUGGAAGAGUUCUCGGAGCGCUGCAUGCAACUCCACGGCGCAGCCAGGUCGGUGGACUUGUAUGCGCUGGUGAAGCAAAUUCACGCCUUGGGAGAACAGCAGCAUCAAAUGAGCGAUGCUUUGGCGACUCUGAUCGAAAGGACGAGCCAUGUGGAGGACAGCUUCUCGUUUGCCACUUUGUCACGCGACCCGCCGGACCGUGGUCUUCGUCUCGGAGAGCGCAAGCUCUCCUUGAAGCCCUCGGAAGCCGAGCCGGACUCCGUGCGCUGGGCCUCCUUCGGAGGCGGGAGCCGCGACUUUGCGUGGAGGUGCCUUCGCGCCAUCUUGGAGCUGACCGCCGUGAUCCUUUUGAUCAUGUACGUUCUGAAGUACCCCUAUGCGCGGUACGUCCUGUCUUUCUACGCCGAGACCGGGAAGCCCAACAGUUUAAACGGAAGGUUUCUGAUGCUCAUCUCCAUCAUUGCCAACCAGAUCAUCUACCUCUUCAGCGACAAAGUCGCCGAGGAUUUGAAUCUCUGGUACACCGAGCACAAGCAGAAGGCCUACCUGGGCUUCUACCUCGUGGCCAUGAUCCUGGAGCUGAUGAUGGACCUCUUCUUCACUGCGAGGACCACCUUCAACCAGCUUGUGGCAGCCGGUCGGCGGAGCUAUGGCGGCGAGAAGCUCUCGGACCUCGCGAGCUGGCCCUCCGGCUGUAAGCAUCAAAAAACCGCGAGAGCUGGAACUUAG